CGGACAUUUUGUUUGUCUCGGGAUCCCGGCGCCUCCCCCCUCCUCCCGCGCCGGUGGCGUCCCGAGGAGCGCGUCGGCGGCCGUCGAGCGAGCCUUUGGCGGCCUCCGGACGGGUUCGCCUUCUCGGCGGCGGCGGCGGCUGUCGAGCGCGGCGGCGCCGGCCGGGAUGAUGCCGGGCAUGAUGGACAAAGGCUCCGAGUAUUUGGGCAAGGCUCGCUCCAACGGCACCAAGAGUCCGUCCAACGCUUCCAACGGACACUUGACGGACGAAAGCGCCAGUGACGACGAGCACGAUGUUGGCAUGCGAGUCGGAGCGGACUAUCAGGCCAACAUUCCCGAUUUCGAGGCCGGCUCCGGCAAGUACUCGGAGCGGGACGACGGCGGGAUGUUGGUGUGGUCGCCUUCCCGCGACAUCGAAGACGGCAAGCUGGACGAGUACGUGGCGCUGGCCAAAGAGAAGCACGGCUACAACGUGGAGCAGGCGCUGGGGAUGCUCUUCUGGCACAAACACGACAUUGACAAGUCGUCGGCCGACCUCCCCAACUUUACGCCUUUUCCCGACGAGUGGACGGUGGAGGACAAAGUUCUCUUUGAGCAAGCGUUCAGCUUUCACGGCAAGAGUUUUCACCGCAUCCAGCAGAUGCUUCCAGAUAAAUCCAUCUCCAGCCUGGUCAAGUACUACUACUCGUGGAAGAAGACCCGCUCCAGAACCAGCCUGAUGGACCGCCAAGCCCGGAAGUUGGCCAGCAGGAGCAACCGGGGCGACAGGCACCAGACGCUGCAGCACCGCCACCAUCAGCGCUCGCGAUGCCGGCCCCCCAAAGGCAUGUACCUGAGCCAGGACGACGUGGUGGCCGUCUCCUGCGGCGCCGCCGCCGCCAUCGCGCUCCUGCGCCGGCUGGACGUGGAGUUGGUGUCCCUCAAGAGGCAGGUGCAAAACGCCAAACACCGCUCCGGCUUCCCGCCGCAUCCCGCGAGCGGGCGCCGUCGCUUGGGCCGAGACCUCGUUUGGGGAAUCGGGGGCCCACGCCCAAAGUUGAAACGUUUUCCCGGCGCCCGCGUCAUCUCGACUCCCGUCUCGCCGCCGCCGCCGUGUCUUGCAGGAGUCAGGAGGUACGGCAAGGAUUUCCAGGCCAUCGCCGACGUCAUCGGCAACAAAACGCCGGGACAAGUGAAGAAUUUUUUCGUCAACUACCGCCGCCGAUUCAACCUGGAGGAGGUGCUUCAGGAGUGGGAGGCGGAGCAAGGGGACGGCGGCGCCGCCUCCGGGGAGGAGUCGAAAAACGCUUCCGCCGCGCCCUCCGGGAGGAGCACCGACGAGGAGGAC